UAUAUAUAUAUAUAUAGUGAAGGUGUUGUUUCCUCAGACAGUCAGACUCAUAUUCAAUUUGUUUUAACAUAAACAUGGGUUUCUCUACUGCAACAAGAAAGAGCAGAACAGAUUCAGCAUCAUGGUUCUGUGCCAUGGUGUUGUUGGGAAUUAUACUAUUGGGUUCCAUAAAGGAAAGCACAAGUAAUACUUCUGAUGGUGAUGAAGUGAGAGGGAACAACCUCCGUGACAGGGCGUGCGAUGAGAUAUACGUGGUGGGAGAAGGAGAGACCCUGAACACCAUCAGUGACAAGUGCGGCGACCCCUUUAUCGUGGAGCGGAACCCACAUAUUCAUGACCCAGAUGAUGUCUUCCCUGGCCUUGUCAUCAGAAUUAUCACCCCCAUGGUCAAUAAUCGGAAGUUGUUGAAGAGGUAGAAGAGAGAGCUUAAUCAAUUAGUCUAGUGCUUGCAUGCUUUUGUUGAAUUGUUUUCUUGAUUGUAUAAAGGUUUUCUCAUGAAAGAGAGAUAUAGAUAUUAGAUACAAGAAAAUUAAACAAAAAUUGUUAUAGCGAUGGAGUUUCUUCAUCUUCGGUUCUUUCUGCCAUGGAUUGUUCUAGGUGGAAUUUCUUGUUUUUUUUUUAUGUUUGGCAGGGCAGGGCAAUUGUCUCAACUACUGAUAUCAUCAUCUAGUUGGUCAAAGGUUUUUUUUA